AUGCCCUUUAUCUUCCCCAUCGAGACCCAAGAUCAAAGGGCCGUCAUAGUCUGCAGCGUUGUAUUUAGUCUCCUGGCGGUGGUAUCCGUUGCCUUACGCGUCUUGGCCAGACGCAGGGCGAAUAGGGUGCUCGACUGGAGUGACUAUUUCGUUAUUGCAGCCUGUGUUUUCGCUGUCAUCUACCAAGGCGUAUCUAUCUCAUCCGUUCUUAUAGGUGGAGUAGGUUACCAUAUCGAGGAUAUAAAGAACAGAUUUGGCGUCGAGUCCGGAGCAGAGAUAUUCCUCCAGCAUACAGUUGCCAACCAGCUACUAUGGGCAAUUAGCCUUUGUCUUUGCAGAGUUUCGAUUCUCAUAUUAUCUACGAAAAUCUUCCUAGUACAGAGUUUUAUCGUAACCGCCAGAAUUACUUACGUUCUUGUCCUUGGAUGGGGUUUAACUGCCAUUCUCACCGCCUUUCUCCUAUGUAGACCCUUCGCCUAUAACUGGGAUAAAUCGAUCGAGGGAGGAGUCUGUGGAGACCCGACGGUAUCAUGGGCUAUAACGGGAGUCCUCAACAUGAUAUCUGACCUGAUGAUUCUUAUCAUGCCGAUGCCUUACCUGCUGAGGCUUGAGUUAGCAUGGGAGAAGCGGCUUCGGUUAGCAGCACUCUUCGGCGUAUUGGUGUUGCCAUGCAUUGUUAGCAUCGUCCGUAUAGCUGAGAUGGUCAAAAUGGACUUCAACGAUUUCACAUUCAGUUCUCCGCAUACCAUUGUGCUUAGCUCGCUUGAGCCCUGUCUCGGCGUGAUGGCAGCGUGUGCAAUGACUAUGCGUCCCCUUUUCGGCGGUCGAUACUCACCUGACGGAACGGCAAAUUACAGUACUCCGCCUAUCGCACCCCUACCGAAGAAAAAUAGCAAUCGUCGGUUCCAACCACUCACCGAAAACACAUCAGAAACACGCCUACGUCCCGAAGACGUCGGGUAUCAAGCAUCGAUAGCAAAGUCUCCAGAGCCACCCAUGAGCUUCGGCAGCUUAGGCGAGAUUGGUCUUGAGAUGGGGGCAAUUUCGAUAAGGCAUGAGUGGAUUGUAAAGGAGGAGCCUCGUCCAAGGAGUUCAGAUACGGAAAAGGACAGGAAUCUAAAAUGA